AAGUUUCAAGCAGGGGACUCUUUUUCUUCAGGAUUUUGUUUUCUUCUCUUUGUCCUCGUUUGGCGAGAGAUUUACUUAUUUUGUUGUUUUGAUUGGUUGUCGUUUACUUGUUUUGCAAUCAUGUGUCUGUAUAAGAAGCCAGAAGUUGUAAUAGAUGUAAUUGGAAUUGCAACAUGAAAAGAAUUUUUACUAUUGGGAAACUAAAAGCACCACUCGAUAUGUUCACGCUCGACGUCAUCCACCUCAUCACUUUCUUAUUCGUGUUGUUUAGGUCGAAUACUUCUAGGAGUAUAAUCUGUAUAAUCUUCAACGACGUGGUGAGUUUUGCUUUAUUUGUAUCUUCACGUCAUGCAAGCAAGAAAAAACCGUUAAAAAGAAGUGCAUGUAUUUAUUAUAGAGUAGUCCGUUUUUCGAGUUACGGGUUGCUCGAGUUCUCUCGAGUUGCCACGAGUUGCCGAAACUCACACGCCCAGUCCGGCGCGAGUUGCUAACGAGUUCCUCUCGGCAGCUUGCCACUUUGAAAGCGCAGCACCCCGCGGCGGUAUGGCGGGCCAAGAUGCCGCGGAGUUCAGGGGGAAGCUCGUGGCCAGUUGUUUCGUGGCAGCUUUGCCGUUUGUAUUAAAGAGACACGCCCCGGCCGAGCUCUUCGGGGCUUGUUGGGCUUAGCGAAAGUAUGAAGGCGAGCCCGGGGCCUUUUUUGUUUGAGUGGCGCGCGCGCAAGCCUUGUGAAGUGCAGCGAUUCCCUCGCGGUGUCGGUGUCUCUGCAUGGUCGUGCGCUGAUGUCGGUCGCGAUCUGGCUCUGUUUUUUUUGCUGGUGAGUGGCCAGCUUGUUCGGCUUCUUGGGGCCCCUGUUUGCGCUGUAGUGGGCUCACUGAGUAGCGCGCCGCCUAGUGGGUAGCGGUAGCAUCACAAGCAGGGCCCCCCUGAGUAGUGUAGACGCAUCGGGAUCGGAAUGGAGUAGGUUUAUUUGUGUGCUUGUUUUAUAGGACAGCAGCUAUACCAGGCAGGCGCGCUAUCUUAGUAACACAAAACUACGAGGGCAGGGCCCUGGGUGGCGUUGCUCUUGUCUGCCCCGCGCAUGCAGCGCCUCGCAGAGAAGAGGGGGCGCUACUGGAGGCGUUCGCUUGUGAAGGUGGUUUGCGCCCCUGGGCAACGUAUUUGACGCUUCGAAGAUAGUGCGCCCGAAGGGCGCAGCGAAAAUUAUUUUGGUAUGGAACUCGUUCAACUCGAGCAACUCGAGCAACUCGACCCGAUAUCGGGCGCAAAAAGUCUAAUUCUAUUAUUAGUACUAUAUAUAAUUUACCCCUGAUUAGAAGCACGAUCAUCACGAAUACGAAAACGAUUAGCGCACGACCGGCUGCAUCAGCAACAUGGCGUGGUCACGUCGCGGAGGCCUCUUCUACUUUCUGGGAACAAGAACCAGUUUCUGGGUCGCUCGAGCAGUACAGCCACCAACCAGAAGCAGAGCAGCUGAAGAUCAUCUUGAUCUUUCAGGGGAACAAGAUGCCGACAGCGAGACGAUAGCAGGAGCCUCUUCAGCACGAGUUAAGCUUAAGCUCCUCACAGUAUUAUAGUACAUAAAUUUAUGCAGGAAGUAGAGUUACUUAGAAUUAGAGCAGGCACGCGACCAGUCGCGACGACCACACCAGUAUGAUAAUCAGGACAAGCAUAUCUACUCACGUAAGAGUCUUAACGAACGCGAACCCCACACUCCAUAAAAGUGAGUAGGCUUUUUAGGGUAAUGAAUAUCAUCUGGAUGCUGUAUCAUUUGGAUGGGUGUUGAAGAACACUCUGGUCGCCAACUAUACAGUUCUAAGAUCAACAUGAUUUUUAAUGAAAGCUCAGCAACUACAUUCUCACCAACUAUACAGUUCUAAUAUGAAUGAAAGCUCAGCGGAUGACAGCAGACCACAGAUAACGUCGCAGGAGGCUGACUCGGUUGUCACUGGAGGAGCCUCUGCGGAAACGACCGUUGUACCAGCGGACGAUGAUCACCUUUAUUCAAUGUCUGGUGCUCAACCUCCAGGUGGAUAUUUUUCAGGAAUGCCUCAACCUCAAGCUGCGCCUCUUCCUGCGAUGAUGCUUCAGACGGCUCAACAAGUGCUAGAUCCAUCUGCACCAAUCGUGUCUCAACCUCAGCCGCCAUAUGAACCUGAUGGAGUAGCUCAAGCUCAACAGCUACAGCACAGUGCAGCGCAACCUCAACAGCACCACGGUGCAGCAGGAGCGACAUAUCAACCUCAAGAAGGGUUCCAUCAAGUUCAGCCGGGCAUGUGGCCGAUGCCUCUACCUUUCAUGUUUCCUGGCAGUACUGCAGUUUCUUGGCGCCCUGUUAAUACUGCCGCUUGGCAUCCUCACGGUCGUCAAGAGUCGAAUUCUGAACCUGCUGCUCCUGUGAACCCUGCCCCUUGGCGGCCUCACGCACAGGAGCCUCCGUCUGAAGCUGCUCUGAUGAAGGAGUUCCGCGACGAGUGCGUGAACCUCUGGCGUCACGACACCCGACGUCACAUACAUUCUAGAGUAGUUGUUAGGGCUCAUAUUUAUAUCAUAGUAAGUCUACGGGUGCAGCUAAUUGAUUGAAAGGGUGGUGGCAUAUAGUCCUAACGCAAAAAAAAAAUGCAGCUAGUAGGAACAGCAUCUUCAUCAGGGAUACACAGAUGACAUGUGAGUGCGACUUGACCACAACCCCUGACUACGCAGGCUCGUCUGACUCUUAGUAGAGCUAGACAUCACAGCCAUCACAAGAACUCAUUUCUUAUCAAUUAUGAACUUUGUGCGAGAUUAAUUCUAUGGUAUUGUAUAGACCGGAAAACAAGAAUUUGCUAUCUUCUAAUUGUAAUACCGAUGAAGUUCGAGAAAUAAAUCAACGUCGGUGGAGAAUGCCACAGAAGGAAGAAUUCUCCACCCCCCAGGUGCACCCAAGAGAAGUCUUGAAAAGCCUGCAAAAGCUGACGUAUAUACCCGGACGCAGGUAUCGCGGUUGGAUCGUAAAAUACUGCCGUAUGGCGUUUGAUGAGAACCAGACUGAACACGACUAGUUGUACUAGACUCCUAGAAGUUGUAACUAGUUGUAGGACAUGAUCAAGCACGCCGAUCAGUUUCAGGAUGUACUUCUUGCUGUUGUAUUUUCAAAAAAAAUUCUCAAAACAAGGAACUGUUGUAGUAAAUGAAACUCAACGAAGAAUUAUCGAAACUAGGCACCUCGAAUCGUUCCAUCGAUGAAAGAUCUUCGACUUCUAUCGAGGGACCUACUUACGUAGGUACUAUUGCUAUUGCUCAUGCUCCUCGAAAAAAAUCAUGCUCCUUUACGAUAACUGUACAGGUCAACGACAACGCCUAAACCACUAAGCGAGCUACCUUCACACUCUUUGGAUAAAGAUGCUAUUUCAUUUUCGAAGAAUAUGAAAUGUUAACGUACUACUAGGCUCUUCUACAAUCUACAUCUUGCUUUUAUUAUAGAAGAUUCAUUGCCUAUAUUUCCCGGCUCUUAAUAUCUCUCGCUUACCAGUUAUUAUAGAAGAGUCGUCUCUUAAAUUCUAAGGCUCUUGAGAAUGUUAAUGUAUAAGUAUAUGUACUAAACUCUACCUUCUCUUCCUCUAAAAUUGCUUUCAAAGGAUUAGCGUGGAUCCAGCCAGACUCUGAAUUUUUAAAAGAAACGAACUGGGAUCAUUCUGACCUCGGCGAUGUGCAGUUUCAUCAAAGCGCUCUUGUUUUUGAACCCGCGGAAUCGGCAUGUUACCAGAAUAUGCUUAUGGGUUUCAACAUGACGUUGAUCAUGUUAGAGCAACAGUUGCUACUUCUUAGAUGAAAUGUUAUAUUUUUUAUUACGUAAUACGAAUAGUAGAAAAAUUGCAAUUUUUGCUUCUCCUUCUGCUUCUAUCAGGUUCUUGUACUAAUUUAAGCUCUACUACUUGCUCUACUUUUCUUAUAUACACGACGAUUUCGUUUAGGUCGUUCUAAUUUAAGCUCGUGCUCUACUUUUCUUAUACGCGACGACUUCGUUGAGCAUGAGCAUGAUAAGUUGGGAUCAAUGUUGCGCAUCAUGGGGGUUGAUUUUCAUGUUCUAAGUUUUCUGCGAACGCGAGAGUAGAGCUUGCAGAGGUUCUUGCGGCGUUGGGGAGGCCGAUGGCUGAUUCCAGAGUUGCGAAAAAAGGCAGUCAGAGCGGACGGUACUAAAAACUUAAUUUGUUUCAAGAUCAACUACAUCUUCCGGAUCUGCGUGCAUUUUCUACUCGGAGAUAUUACACGUUGAAAUAAAAAUGUUGAGAUUUUUUGUAUUUUAUUCAAAUUAGGCAGCUUGCGGAAGAACAUGAACCACCUUCACCGCCAACUACUAUCAACUUCAACAUAUUGAACUACCACACAUGAUGAAGAUAAACUUCCCAUAAAGAUAGAGCUAACUCACACUCGGGGGAUCGACAGCACGACAACAUAAAGACAAGAACAUGAUCAAAUCGUUGCUAUGUCCCAUGUUGAAUGGGCACACGACUCGCUACUACUACUAACUUAUACAACUGCAGAGCGCUUCACACUAGGUCGCUGUCGCUUUCAUUCAGCAUAGAAGGUUCAGACGUGGUGUCAAUUGGGUCUAUGCCUGGCAACAGGAAAGCUUCGCGAAUAGACGGCGUGCUUGCUGGUAUCGGUAAGGGUCCGGGUUCGGGUAAAAUAGCAGUUGAGUUUGAGUUGAAAACGACCCAACUCAACCGUGUUAAAAUCGAAGCGGAUCGAGUCACAGGAGCUUUCGGAGGGAAGCCUCUUAGAGUGGCGCUCGUUGCGGGUAUAAUAGAAGCAAAGUAUUUAAGAUUUUGAACUCUCACUCGUCCAGAAAAAAAUCAUAUCACGACGAGAAUUCAUCGAGAUAAUAAUCACUUUGAAGAUGUUGAGCAGAAGUAGUUGGACAUGCAGUACAUGUUGUUGUUGUUGAGAAUCGGGUUCGAAUGUUUUGUCCUAGAAAUAGAAUCUUCAUCUUAUAUAUCCAAGCGCUACUGAUUCUAAUCCCUAUAUUGUAUAAUAAAUUUUCUUUUCUGGCUGAGGCGUUAUUUGUGAUGGGUGAAGAUAGAUCAACAUUUUUCAGUUCUCUCCCUGUGGUGAUCAUGCUUGAAGAUAUUGUUCUCGUUGUUGAACCAUCUUUCCUUGAUGUCGGACCACGAUCAGAUCAAUUGUCUUCCGAAGGACGAGGACUGCAGCCCACACACCCUUCGUGCACCGCGGGUUGGCCUGUAGGUAUGCCGCUUGUUGAUGAAGCAGAGGCCGCAGCUCUCUCGUCGACUCGACUUCAACGUAGUCGUACUAGUGGAGCUGCGUCAGAAGAUCACAUGGAGGUGGUGGAGGGUGCACAAGAUUAUGUGGAAGCAACUGUGAGGUCUGGGCAAAGUACGCCCGAAAACUUCUACCCGCAAUACACACAACGAGGGCCGGCACCCGGUGACGUGGCGGAGUUGUAUGGCUAGAAGUUCUUGUACUCUUUUUACAACCUGCUGCUUGUGGUUCGUGUGCGAUUCAGCAGUAGCGUGAUCUGAUCAUAGUCAAUCCUUUACAGCUGAAGAUAGAAGUAGUUCGUUUUUGUUUCAAGAGAGGUAGCCUUCUAGCCAUGUAUACUAUAGUAGCUACUUCGGCAUCAGAUGAGUUGUAUCGCUAAUUUCCCCAGAAGAGGUAUUUACGGCCAAGCCUGCCCUUGUUGAGUAGAGGCACUACACCGAAUCCGAAUGACGAUCCUGUGGUGAAGCUUCAAAACUCCGUCGGGAGCCCGGCUGCUUCAAGCUCAAGCAGCGUACAUGCGCAAGGAAAUGCCUUUGUUCCCAGUCCCACUAACCCGAUUUCUCCCGAAUUCCUACAGCAUCAACUCCGUUCCUUGGGAAUAUUACAACUACAAGCUGCUGGAGGAAGACUUCAUCAACUCCAGCAAGAACAGCAGCAACAAGCACAGGGAUCACAAGUGCAGCAGCAGCAGCAGCAGCAGCAGCAGCAGCAGCAGUCUGGAGGAGCCGACAACUAUUUGCAGCAACAGUCGAUGCACCACCAUGGGCAGCAGCGAGGAGGAGGACAGCCAAUGAUUAAGGCUCAAGGUAUUUCAUAUCUUCUACAAGAACAAGUCAUGAUUUGUUUCUCGCAGAAGUUAGUUGUUUCCUUCUUGGGAUCAUGAAGAAGUGUCAUUAUGAAGAAAAGAAAUGAAGAAACGUUUUGAGCUCUAACCGGAUGAUGUACACACCAGGAUCACUUACGCCAGGAGGUUGUAGUGGGAACGCCUUAGCAGGGUCUCCAUCUUCUGCGUCCUGCUCUCCACCUAUGGCAUCAUCAGCGGGUAGUAGUACAAUGCAGGGCAUGGCAGGAGCUCCUGCUUCUCCUAGUAUGGCUAUGGGGAUGAUCAUGAUGAGCCAAUGCGAACAUCCAGGAGUUAUUUCUCCUCCAACAAGCCUCUCUCCGAUGUCGUUGUGGGGACAACACGCAUGCGCGUGGACCGCGAUACCUGCUCAGGCUGAAACUGCAUACAUGAUGAGUAUGCAACAAAUGUUACAGCAGCAGGCACAGCAUCAACAGAGUAGUUCGUCAUCUACUAGAAGUCGACCGGCAGCGCAUGAAAAUCCAACGUCGCAAGAACAAGACGGAAUACGGCAGUCGAUGGCCACUACUCUAUCAGGAGCUGGAGCUGGUACAACCAGCCACCAGCAGGGGAGGACUAUUGCUAUGCGCCCACAACCGUUCUCGGCGUCGUAAAACAUCACGGGAACAACGAGUACUUGCACUACCAUUAAUUUCUCACCACGACAACUCGAAGUCGUCCUUAGAACACUACAUUCAACAACACAUCAUCAAUCUCCAUCUUCGGUUGAUGUUCCUGCGAUCAUUCAAUGGGCAAUCAUGCAACGACUCCUGGCAUGAAGUUGAAGAACCCUAAGAACGCGACGGCAAAAGGUGUUGGCUUUCUACCCUCCAUGCCUCAACUGCUUCGCUUAACGCAGAAAACGCCAGCUAGAAUCAUGAUGGAGCUGCUUUGAAAGUUGUCCCCAUCACUAUGUUGGUAAAGAUUGUAUGCUCGGAAAGCGGACAACUACGCUUGCGUUUGGUCAUGAUAGAUGACAUGAUAAAGAAGCGUCCUUGUUAAGCAGGUCGUCCCGUCGUGAGUGGACGUUGAUGAGGCCUUGGAGCCUCGAUUAACGAACAAACAUCGCUCCGAUUUAUACCUGCUUGACAACAUGCACUUUUACAUCAUGUCGUGUACGAAAAAAUUUAUUGGGCUUAACAGCUCUGGCACUCUUCUCACGCAUACCACGAUAGCAUUGAGUUCUUCUUCAGCGUCUUCCAGCUUGUUUUUUUUUCUAUGUUAUUGAGAGGACCUGGUGAUCUUCGAUGCUAUUGAGUAACAAUAUUUUCACACACAAGGAAGACUUGAGCUUAAACUCAAGAAGUGGAUUAAUGACUUACUAAUGAAAGCGGCUACAAUCUAAACAAUAACAAUUCAUCACUCUUCAUACUAUGGGUAUGGUACUUCGUGCUGAGUUGAUAGCAUCAGCAUGUGGGUACGUAGUUAUUAAAGUAAAAACCUUUAUCAAAAGCAAAACUUGCGAUAUCUUCAAUGUUUUCCACUGCGAUUAAACAACCAGGAGGGCAAUUUGAAAUAACAAGUACUCUGUCGUGCAAUGCUGACGCACGAAAGGUAUUCAGAAGCACUUCAGAGUCAGUUACUUUUGUCUGACGAAACUUGAUUUUACCUUACAUUUUUCGUCGCGUCUCUUAUUUUUUAUCAAGAUAAAUUGCUUUAAUCAAAAUGAAGGGCCACGAUCCACUUCGCCACGACCAUGCUAUUCAAUGUGGGGUAUCUUAUCUAUCAUAAUGAUCCUCGAAGGAACAGGACGACGACCGCGCUCCUGGUGUGUUGUUGUAAUUUUUUCAAGCAAUGACAGAUGGAGAGACCAGGUCAUAAUGUACCUAGUACUGUGCGACUGUCUGAAGGACGCCGUUAAGUGCGUGCUUCCUGCUGGGCGGUUGAUGUGUGUGAGUUUUCGUGUACUUAAUACUCUCUGUUCUUGUUGCCCUUGCUCUUUGCAAUUUUGAUGCAACCACCAC